AAGUACCAAAUGAUUAAUACUAAUUUAGAAAAGGAAAAAAAUUAUUAUGGGGUGGUGAGGUUUGGAAAAGCUUAGUGGAGGAGGUGAGUCCUGAAUGGUACUAAAGUGGUGGGGUAGGAAGGAUGGUGGCUUAGAAUUCAGGAGAAAAGAGAGAAAAAAUACUGAAAGGGUAACAUUUUGUAAGUAAGGUUUCUAGGGUGGGAAUGUACAAAGUGUAUUUGGGAUAUAGUGAGUAAAUUAGUCUUAAUAGAGUGGUGAUGCAGUGUGAGAGAGUAAUGGGAAGUUAGCUUGGAAAUACAUGAUGGGGACAGCCUAGAGAGCCUUGAAUAUCAAUUUGAUUUUUAUACUUUAAGAGUGUCAAUGAAAAUAAUCAAUUUAUAAUUUAUAAUAGAAAUAGAGAAGAGUUUUAUUUGAGUCAAACUGUGGUGAGGACUGUAGUCCGGAAGACAACCUCUCAGUUAACUCUGGGGAACUGCUGUGGAGAACCCGUUUCAGCAGUUUUAUAACUUACUAGAACAAAGAACAUCAAACAAGUCAGGGAUAUAUUCCUCCAAGAUUUGAAAAAACAGAUCCGCAUGCACACAGCCAGUCCACAUGUCCUGGUUUCACUGCUGUGCCACAUUCGAAGAAAUACCAUCCAGCAAUCAGAAGUAAAAUAAUUCUGAUUUUCACUUGUAUCUCUUGAGGGACCUUAAGAGGACCAGUUUAUAACUGAGAGCAGCGCCUAGGAAAUCCGCUAGCCUCUCCUUCCAAUCCACAGAGGCUUGAAAGCUUCCAUCUCAACUCCUACAAUACUCAGCCCACACUUUUAUUUUGUUUUUUCUUCCUCACCCUUUCCCUUGACUCAGCUCUUUAUUAUGCAGAAUAAUUUAACCCCUUUACGCAUUGUUUAGAUCAUUGUUUUAUUGUUGUAAUACUUGGCUUUCUUGUACAUCAGUGUACCAUUUGUGAUGCCUGUUUUAGGCAUUAAAUAAUGAUACAGUCCUUCCUUUGUGCCAGGUGCUACUCUCGGUGCUUUACAUUAACUGGUUUAAUCUCCACAACACCCAAUGGUAGCUACUGUUUUUCUCCCUAUUUCACAGAUGAAGAAAGCAAGGUGCACUGAAGUUAAGUAACUUGUACCAGGUCCCACAACUCAUAAGGGGUAAAAUCUAAAGAAAUUGAACUCACACAGCCUGGCUUCAGAGUUUAUGCUUUAAGAUAUUUGCCAAAAAUACCUCUCUUAUGAAAUAAUAAUAAUUUUUACAGAGUAAUAUUUUCAAUGUUUACUUUAAAAAAUAGUGUGGGGGUUUGGUAGAGAACAAGAUACUGUCUAAAUUUUCUGCCUGUUCUGCAUUUUUUCCUUGCUCUGAAUGGUUGGUGUUAUAGUUGGACUGUUGAUCGGGUUUGGAGCACUUUCUGGUGUGUGAAGAUCUUUGAGGUAGUGGGAUUUGGAAAACAAUUUUCUUUCCUACUUUCUCAGAAUGUAAUUAUCACUUCCCUCAAAUGGGUAGACCACUGCUAUUUCUAUCACAGAAUGGGAAUGCACUGAAUUCACGAAACAUGAAGCUGCAAACAGGAAAACACAAGGGGAAGAACAAGCUUGGGCAAGUGAGCGUGGGAGGAAUAAACCGGUGUUCAUCUCUCCUGGCUGCGCAUGUGCUCCAGCCUGUGGCUCCCUUGCUGUUGCCUGGGUGCCUUUGUUUUUCUCCCUUUUGGUGUAUCACUUUCCCACUAGUGAGAAUCAGGAGGUGGAUUAUAAAUGUGAGGAUCAGGACAAGCCAUUCCUUUAACCCUCUUCUCUUCCUUUGCUACCCUUCGUGCUUGCCUCCCGCAGGAUUCACCUAAGGAGUGACAAGGAUGACAGUCCCGGGAGCCGGCACUGCUGCAGUUCCUGCCUCCUGUGCCCAAGGAAGAUAGUUCAUGUCACUAGUUGAAUAUGAGUUACUUUUGAGCCUGGAUUUUUGCUUCAGAAUCCUUCUCAACAGUGUUCCCAGCAGCUUCUGUCAAUCAAUCAAACAUGGCACAAGGGAUUGACCAUCUCUGACUAGAUCCUUAGAACUAGGUCUGGGUGUGACAGAAAAAUCAAAAUUGAGACUUGGAAGAGGGAUGAGAUACCACCAGAAGCCAACCUUUUAUCCAGCAGAUACCAACUGAAACAGAAGGAGCGGGAGUGGAGUUGUACAUCCGAGAACGUAAAGCCUUUGUUCACGUGUGUCAGAUUCCUGGCUUGGAACUGAACAAAGAAGGAUGCAGUGGCAGCAGAAGCAAGUGUUCCCGUAGCUUCCUUUCUAGAAGAGGAGUUUGCUGGUGAGGAAGACGAGCAGGAGCUGAAUGGCAUAUCUGAUGGGGCCGAGGAAGGCUGUGUUGGCCAAACUAUUGGCUGUGGUUUGGGCUGUGGCUGAGGUUCGGGCUGUGGUAUGGGUUGUGGAUGUGGUAUGGUUUGUGGAUGUGGUACGGGUUGUGGGUGUGGUACGGGUUGUGGAUGUGGUAUGGUUUGUGGAUGUGGUACGGGUUGUGGGUGUGGUACGGGUUGUGGAUGUGGUACGGUUUGUGGAUGUGGUACGGGUUGUGGGUGUGGUACGGGUUGUGGAUGUGGUACGGUUUGUGGAUGUGCUAUGGGUUGUGGAUGUGGUAUGGGUUGUGGAUGUGGUACGGUUUGUGGAUGUGGUACGGGUUGUGGGUGUGGUACGGGUUGUGGGUGUGGUACGGGUUGUGGGUGUGGUACGGUUUGUGGCUGUCGUUGGUUCUGGGGUUGUGGCUGUUGUUGGUUCGGGGAUUGUGGCUGUUGUUGGUUCUGGGGUUGUGGCUGCCGGUUUGCGGGUAGUGGAUGCUGGUUUGCGGGGUUUGGCUGCCGGUUUGCGGGGUGUGGAUGCUGAUUUGGGGGGUUUGGCUGCCAGUUUGCGGGUUGUGGAUGCCGGUUUGGGGGGUGUGGAUGCCGGUUUGGGGGGUUUGGCUGCCGGUUUGCGGGUUGUGGAUGCCGGUUUGGGGGGUGUGGCUGCCGGUUUGCGGGUUGUGGAUGCCGGUUUGUGGGGUGUGGCUGCUGGUUUGCGGGGUGUGUUUGCCGGUUUGCGGGGGGUGGCUGUCGGUUUGAGGGGUGUGGCUGCCAGGUUGUGGGGUGUGGAUGCCGGUUUAGGGGGUGUGGAUGCCAGUUUGCGGGGUGUGGAUGCCAGUUUGGGGGUUGUGUCUGCCUGUUUGCGGGGUGUGGAUACCGGUUUGUGGGAUGUGGAUGCCAGUUUGGGGGUUGUGGCUGCUGGUUUGCGGGGUGUGGAUGCUGGUUUGCGGUUUGUGGAUGUCAGUUUGGGGGUUGUGGCUGCCGGUUUGGGGGUUGUGGCUGCUGGUUGGUGGUUUCUGGCUGCCGGUAUGGGGGGUAUGGGGAUGCUGAAUGCCGGUAUGGGGAGUAUGGGGAUUCUGAAUCCCGGUAUGGGGGGUAUGGGAAUUGUGGAUGCCGGUUUGUGGGUUGUGGAUGUCGGUUUGGGGGUUGUGGCUGCCGGUUUCCGGGUUGUGGCUGCCGGUUUCCGGGUUGUGGCUGCUGGUUGGUGGUUUCUGGCUGCCGGUAUGGGGGGUAUGGGGAUGCCGAAUGCCGGUAUGGGGAGUAUGGGGAUUCUAAAUCCCGGUAUGGGGGGUAUGGGAAUUGUGGAUGACGGUUUGUGGGUUGUGGAUGCCGGUUUGGGGGUUCUGGCUGCCGGUUGGUGGGUUGUGGAUGCUGGUUUGGGGGUUGUGGAUGCCGGUUUGUGGGGUGUGGAUGCCACUUUGGGGAUUCUGGCUGCCGGUUGGCGGGUUCUGGCUGCCAGUUGGCGGGUUGUGGAUGCUGGUUUGGGGGAUGUGGCUGCCGCUUGGCGGGUUGUGGUUGCCGGUUUGGGGGUUGUGGCUGCCGGUUUGAGGGUUCUGGCUGCUGGUUUGUGGGUUCUGGCUGCCGGCUUGGGGGUUAUGGCUACCGGUUUGUGGGUUAUGGCUACCGGUUUGCGGGUUGUGGCUGGUUUUGGAGCAGGGGUUGUGAUUUGCUUCGUUGUGGAGAUCUUGAUCAUGGAUGUAUUUUUCACUAGAAAAAAAAAAAACAAUGGCAUCAGAACCUCUUUUGGGUGGCAGGUGCACACUGGAGAGAGGAGACUAAUCUGAUAGGAUGCUGGAGCCAGAGUUCAUGAGCAAAAUUCAGUAAGCACUUCUCAAGGGCUCAGAGUGUGUAGAGGACGGGGAAACUAGGAGGGCACAGGAUGUCAAGGAACCAAAAAUAAGAAACAAUCUACCCUUAAGCUCUGCACAGCCCUACAGGAGAAGGAACUUACACUGAAUUUACAUAACCACUGAGUUUGUUGUUAGGUGGGUAGUCUGCCCUCACAUGUCCUCAUGUUGUUAGUAUUACAUUGGAUCAAUCGGUGCAAACAUGGUCCAGAGUGGUGCACUUUAAUGCUUUUUCUUUUUUGGUCUUUGGUUUCUUUGCUCAUUUCAAAGGUUGCGUGUAAAAGUCGUAAGAAAUAGACAGCAUCCAGACCCAAGGACGGCCACCUCUGCUUUAAAGUAAGUGGAAAGAGGCCCCGUCCAACCUGCGAAUCUCUUUGUUGUGGUGUCUGAGAGACUGGUCAUUUUCACAUGCAGGGAUCUGACCACAUGUUAGCGUUUUGAGGUUGCCUGGCGGAGAAGCAGAGAAAGCCAAACCUGGGGGGUUGUCUGAUCCUGGAAAACUAGAGCUUGGCCAUGACACCUCCAAGGGUCUGAGUGGACCACAGAGGGGACUAUAAGGAAGAAGGCGGGAAAUGUGCAGUGAUUUGCUCCAGCCUGUGCACCCCGCCCCCCUGCAGGGCGCCUUCUAGCUCUGUGGCAGUAUCUUAUCUCGUGGAACAUUUCCCCAGGGCAGGUGUUCCUCUAGGCCACCCCUGAGCCAAAAGUCUGAACACAGCCACUUUCUUUUUCUCUCUGUCUCUUUUUUUAAAAUCUGGAUUUUAUUAGCAUGGAGCUAAGGAGUUCUGACCAGAAACAAACUUUUUUUUUUCUUUCCUACCAUUUAUACCAGUGUUCCUUUUGAAAAUGUCCCGGAGAAAGAAAAUAAUGUCUGUCUUUUCACAGAGGGGAGACCACCAAGGAAACACUUAAGGCGUUCACAUAAUAGUUUCAUUAGGCAUAAUCACUUUAACAUUUGUUGUUGAAAAUCGAUAAGCCUUUGACCACAUUUGCAAUGCCUGACUGACAGGAAAUUGAGCUGCAUACUAGAUGUACUUCAGAGUUUGGAGGCUCGUGAGGAAGAUCUAUUAUCUGGUCGUGGAGAAGACUGAUGUUUCUUACUCUUGGUUAAAGCCUGUAUUUAAACACUUCACACACACACACACACACACACACACACACACACAUACAUGACUGUCUUUAUAGUUUUCAUGUCAGUCAAAGAAAAGUGGAAAAAAGUAUAAGAUGUGGACUUUGAGUCCUAGCUUUGCCAUUUACUUUCUGUGUGGUCUUAAGCAAGUUACCAGUCUUUUCUGAACCUCAGUUCCUUGAAUUUGUUUUAGCUCCCCAGAAAGAGGCAAGAGAGAAGCAAAGGGGCAGAGAAGGGAGACAAGGGACAAGGAGCCUCAGGAUAGCUUGAAGUUGGGGACUGCAGCCUGGGAAAGGCCAGUGGGAUUUCCUGGUGGUGGUGCUGGAGGCCAGAGGCUGCUCCGAGAACUAGUGAAAUGAUUGGUUUUCUGUGCUAUCAACCCUUCUUUGUGCGAAUCUCCCUUCUCAUCCCAUAAGCCCUUUGGUAACACCUGCUCCAGCGAUGAAGGCUUUGUGUGAGUGGGAAUUCUUUGUGGAAACCGAGGGAGCAGCCGACUCUCAUAGCCACGUCUGUGUGGUGUUGACUGGAAACGGCUCCUGAGCCAGAGUCUGGAGUCAAGGUGACUGAGAGAAUCAGAGUCCCCUCAGAACUGGCAGAAAUGUUGGGGUGGGGAGGGGGAUGGCUUUUGUUUUGCACAGGGCACAGGAUAAGGGGCUGAGCUAAUCUUAUGCCGAUCUCAAGGUGCUAGGAGCCUCAGCUGGUAUCUGGGUGACACAUGACUAGAAGACUCUGUUUUGCUAGGACACCCACAAAAUAAUUUUCCGGGCUGAUUGAUUUCACUGCCAGAUACGGAAAUAGGCUGCAGAGGAACUUACCUCUUCUCAUCAGAUCCUGGGAAGAAAAUGCAGCCACUUUUUGCGAAUCGACAGUGAAGGUUCUGUGGAGGGCAAAUAAAUGAGAGAGAAUGGUGAGGAAUUCACAAGUUCAUUUCACAGUUGCUGCCUUCCCAGCAGACCCCAGCCCCUUAAUUCCUGUUGUGCCUACAUUCUCUACAGCACAAUUAGCAGAUCAUUAAGUCCUGGUCUGCUCUACAUUGUCUUGACUAAGAUCCUCCCUGAUCCUUCUCCAGACAAGGUAAUGUCCAUCCCCCACCCUCACCCACGCCAGCACCCUGAACUCCCCACAGGCUGGUAUACACCUCUGGUCUUCGUUCAGGUUAGUCUUUCUGAUCGUAAUAAUCCGGCCCAGGGAACAUCUGCCUACAGACUCAUCAGUAACCUCUGGGAAGUCAUUUCUCCCUAUCAUCAUGAACCCAGACAGAUCUCCAUCAGACAGACAUGCCCCUGUGCUGCAUUGCUUUGCCAUCAGCCUCUCCUCGCACUGGAGGACCAGCUCCUUGAGGGCAGGUUCUGUUGUCCACAAUGCCUGACAUGUAGUGUCACAGGUACUUAAUGGUCAUUAAACGAGCUGUGCAGCUUGGUGUGUUGUUCUCCUGUCAGUGGGCCCGUUCAGUCUGUUGUUCAUUUAACAGUUCGUGAGUGCACGACAUGCCAGUCACUGUGCUUGGCGCUAAGGGGACGCUGGUGAACACUGGCAUGCUUCUUUCCUUGAUGGCUCUUAAAGUCCCUUUAGAGAGGGAGAUUUUAAACAAAUAAUCGACCAACAAGUUAAGUAACUGAUCACCAUUGUGAUACGUGCUCUGAUGAAGCAGUGGAAGUUAUGAGAGUGAGCAAACAGGAAGCCGGGAGUUGAUCUGGGUGUUUAGAGAAUUCUUUCUGAGGAGGUGAUGUCUAACCUCAGUAUUUAUUUCUCUGUGGGCCUUGCCUCCCUACACCUCACUGUGAUGUUCUGUGGGCAGGAACCUCUUCAUAUGCCCUUUUGUGCCCUACCCCACAGAUGGGGCUCUCCCAUCCUGUAUGCUGCUCCCCUCCACGUGUCAGCCUUGUUGUACACGGUAAACAAGCAGAGGAGCCAGUGCACCAUCGUGGUGUGAGUGAGGAGGGGUCUGGAGACUGCCCUGUCAGUGGGAAUGUGUGUUUCCAUUGCAGAUUGUCACUCUGUGGUCUUUUAUCUGUUGUUGCGUGGAGUGUGGAGGCCUUAAGGAGGUGAGAUGAAAGGAAAGUCAUUGCCCUCAUGAGUCCUGACUGGCUUCUAAGAGCCUGCUGUCAUUGUGAGGCUGGAUUGUAGCAGCUUCCUUUGGAUUCCACUCUUGCACGUCUCUCUGUGGGCAUAAGAGUACCUCCUUCAGAGCCAGCUAGGUUCCACCAGGCCCAGGGCGUGGCAGCAGAGGGUGGGGUGGCUUGACUGCAUCAUUGUCUCCACUGUCCCUAGACACCUGGUGGCUGCUCGUAAUGGACACGGCCCCGAUGGUCAGACCUGCCCUUUCAGUACAAAACGGCAGUCAAAGUGUAAGGAUCUCUCAACAUUUGGUUCCUAUAGUGAAUGUGAUAACAAAUCCCUAGCUGGGAGGGAAGUUUGCUGUUGUUGUUAGCAUGUAACAUGAGCCCUCAGGUGGCCUCACCGCGGAAUCUGAAUGUGUCCAUUUUGUGUAACACUAGGAAGCCAGUUUUAUUACACAAUCACCACACUUUCUGCCAGCAAGCCACUUCCAAAAUGCGUCUGUUUUAAAAACAUGAUUCUCCGUGUGGUGGUGAAACCAGGUCCACCUAAAAGUGAAUUCCUCUGUCGAGUUUAUGAUUAAACUCUCUGCUUAGAACGUUAUCCUCUUUCUUAUCCCCUGUUCCCCUGAGGAUUGAGGAGCAUCAAAGAAAAGGGGGAACUGAAACCAAGCAGGACCCUGCGGGGCCCUUCCUGGUACAAAAGCCCCUCUGUGUCUCCCCAUUUCUUGUUUGUAGAAAAAAGCAUUAGUCUCCUAAGCUUUCCCUGAGAUCCAAAGAGUAGACUCAAGCAGUUACUAAUGAGGGAAGUGAAGGAGUGCAGAAACAAAGGAAAAGUAGUCAAGAAAUAACAGUUCCAUGAUAAAACAGAGUUCUGGUUCCUCCUUAAGGGUUAUAGAUAAUAAUGUGACACAGAUCUUUGAGUUGUUUUGCAGGAAGUAAGACCCAGGUGGAGGACAGUGACUACAUGCUGAGCAUAAGCACAAAGACCCCAGACUGGUUGGGAUCAGAAGGCUGAUGAUUACAAUUCAUGAAACAUCAUCCUGUUACAACAUCACCAACCAAUCAGAAGAAAGUCAUGGCCCCUGCAACCUCACCACAAAUGUAGCCUUUAAAAGAGCUGCCCAGAAAGCUGAUGGGAGCUUAUGUCUUUUGAGCAUGAGCUGCCCAUUCUCCUUGCUCGGUGCCUGCAAUAAAUGCUGUACUUUCCUUCACCACAA